AUGGACGAAACAAUCGCCGAGAACAUGAAAGCGGACAAAAUCCCGGCGCUACCAAAAUUCCUCUGCCCACCAACGUUUAACCCAUGUACAGGGAACGCAACAGUAUACAUAAGAAGCUAUGAAAGAACGGCGACGGCAAAUGGGUGGACGAACAGUCUAAAAAUGACUUAUUUUGGAACAUUUCUAGAAGGAGCGGCUGACCACUGGUACCAACGGUACAAAAUAGACGAGGACAACCAGAAUAAAACAUGGGAAGAUGUAAAGAUGGACUUCUUGAAAGAAUAUGGCAACCACGAGUCGAAACGUUCCCAGGAAAGACAACUAUAUGAGAAAAAACAGGGACCAACUCAGUCUAUUAAAUCCUACUACUUUGAACUACAAGAACUAUUCGCCGAAUACGACCAACAGUUCAGAGUAGAAGAAUUCAGGAAAUUCUUUGAAACAGGAAUGGCCAGGGAAUUCUACAACAGCUAUAGGCUAAUCAUGGAUGACGAUAUGAGCUGGGAAAGACUUAAAGUGAUAGUCAACAAGCUAGACGAUGUGGUACAACGCGAACCAACAAGAGAAGCCCGUCCGACUGGAAACACUGAACCGCAACAGUUUGGAUGUAACCAUUGCCAACAUCACAGUGAACCACAUUACGCACCACCUCGUUACAACCAAAGGGGCUCAUAUGGACCAUCGCGGCAAGGGUACCAUACAAGCAGAAGUUAUAAUCAAGAACAGACAAGACUACAAGACAGACACUAUGUACCAACGCCAAGAACACGGAACAUCGAUGGAAGAUCACGCUGUUUCAGAUGCAACAGGGUAGGACACUAUGCCGUCUCGUGCCCAGAAAACUAUGACACGCACCAAAGAAAAUCAACACCCAAAUGGAAGCGGACGACAAAACUAGAACCCUCCGUCGUCCUCGCAAAUAGAGGGUGUGGCGACAGGAAACAAUACAACAUCUUAACAAUACCUUGCAUAAUAAACAAUGAAAAAAUAUCAGCAAUCGUGGAUACAGGAGCAGAAAGGAACGUGGUAUCGGAAGAGGUAGUCAAAAGUUUCGACAGUAGCGGAAAAGGAGCAUUGUUGGUAGCAGGCGGUAAGAGAAUUCCAGUUUUAGGAAAAGCAGAAAUCAAGAUACAAAUUGGAGGAAGAGAUAUGACCUGUGUAGCCAACGUAAUUAAACAGCUGCCAUACCCGCUUCUUUUAGGAAUGGAGUUCCUGGUAGAAAACAAUGUCGCCAUCAAUCUGAAGCAAGGUACUAUAAACAUAGGAACACUAGGCUUAACUAUGUGUAUAGGAGCACAGAAAAAAGAGACCGUCGAAGAAGAUAUUACGAGAAUGGAAAAACUGGAUACAAAAACAAAGGAAGAAUCAAGUAAACAAUAUACAGACCGUCAUAGUAUUAGAGUAACGGUUAAGGAGGAUAUGUACUUGGAGGCUGGCAAGACGAAACGCAUUAAACUAAACCUGGAGGGCAGAAGAAGGGUAAAUAUGAAAAAGUACAACUUCCAGGAAAACGAUAAAUUCUUCACAAAGAGACGACUUCGAAGAAAAUAUAAGAUCCACCACCGUCGAGGCGACUACUGGAUACGCGUGGAGUGCAUAGGACAUCAGCGAGAAAAAAUCCUGAAAGGAAUGACAGUGGGCUUUUUACAUACAAGAGGAAAAGUAGAACCCGAGGAUGGCAUAGUACUGCUCAGCAGGGACACGGACGACAGGGUGACGUCAGAAGAUCACAACUUGGAUCAUUUGCAGGAGGGAGAAUUCAAACAUAAAUUAAAGGACUUACUGGCGGCAUACAGUGAUGUGUUUUCCAAAGCCACAAAACACAUGGGAAUGACAAAUUUAACGAAGCAUCGAAUAGAAGUAGAAAACUCGGAGCCCAUAAAAAGUCGCCCAUAUAGAGUAUCCCCAAAGGAGAGACAGAUCAUAGACGAACAAAUCAAGGAGAUGUUGGAUCACAAUAUAAUCCGUCCGUGCCAUUCCCCGUGGGCCAGCCCAGUAGUAUUAGUAAAGAAGAAAGACGGUUCCACAAGAUUUUGCGUGGAUUACAGGAAAUUGAACAACGUCACCAAAAAAUCAUCAUACCCAAUCCCAGUCAUCGAUGAUAUACUCACAUACCUCGGAGACGCGCAGUAUUUUACUACCUUGGACAUGUUUAGUGGUUACUGGCAGGUGAAGCUGGAAGAAGAGUCAAAGCAGUAUACAGCAUUCGUAGCGCAAGGGCAUGGUGCGUACGAGUUCAAUGUCCUAAGCUUUGGUCUAUGCAACGCACCGGCAACAUUCCAACAAUUAGCCGACAAAGUAUUCGAGGGCAUGAAGUGGAAGGACGUAUUAAUAUACCUGGACGACAUCGUAGUGUUCAGUAGAACAUUGGAGGAACACCUACAGAAAUUGGAAAAAGUUUUUCAGCGUCUAAGAAAAGCAGGACUCACCCUUAAGCCCAGUAAAUGUUCUUAUGCUAAAGAAGAGGUGGAACUAUUAGGAUACAUAGUGAGCAGAGAAGGAAUACUGCCAGACCCCGCAAAGCUGCAAGCAAUACGAGAGUUUCCUAGGCCGAAUAAUGUCAAGGGGAUCCAGAGCUUCCUUGGACUUUGCAACUUUUAUCGAAAAUUCAUCCAUAACUUCGCCACGACCGCAAGACCGCUACACGAGUUAACGAAAAAGGAUGGCAAAUUCAACUGGUUGGAGGAGCAUGAACACGCUUUUCAAACCUUAAAAAAGAAACUCUUGUCUGCACCAGUCCUACAACACUUCAACCCAAACGAAGGUACGGAACUACAUGUGGAUGCUAGCAAGCUAGGAAUAGGUGCUGUUCUACUACAAAAAGGAGAAGAUCAGAACCAACAUCCAAUAGCAUACAUCAGCAGAAGUCUGUCCAAGGCGGAAAAGAAUUACACAAUCACGGAACUGGAAGGGCUAGCAGCGAUAUGGGCACUAGGAUACCUGCGACAUCUGAUAUACGGAAGACCAGUAAAGAUAGUUAGUGAUCACCACGCGCUAUGUUGGAUAAGGUCAUUGAAGGAUCCCACAGGAAGAUUAGCGAGAUGGUCACUGAAACUUUCCGAGUACGAUUACACCAUCGUACACAAAAGUGGCGCUAAACAUUAA